GCCAUCGAGUAGGUUGGCAAUAUCUCGGGCGGAGCUUGGGCUAUCAGUUUGUUUUGUUCUGCUUUCAUUAGCAAAAUGAUAGUUAUUAUAGAUUAUUGUAAAUAUAUGAAUUCCCUGCUUAUGCACUUGAAUUAACAACAAUUUACGAGAGUGUCAAUAUUGACAAGCAGGUCAAAAUGUCUAAACGAGCGGCAGACGAUGCUGGUAAUGGCAGUAGCCAGCCUCCAAUCAAGAAGGUUCACUUUGAACCCCAUCUUAUUGGCCCUGUGUCCACUCUAGAGGAAAUGGACAUAAAGGUUCUCCAGUUUCAAAACAAGAAAUUGGCUCAGAGGAUUGAACAGCGCCAUAGAUGUGAGGCAGAACUCCGUGCCAGGAUUGAACAACUGGAGAAACGUCAAACACAGGAUGAUGCAGUGCUCUGUGUUGUCAAUCGGUAUUGGAAUCUCCUCAAUGAAGAUAUUAGAGUAUUAUUACAGCGUUUCGAUGCAGAAACUGCAGAUGAAUCAGAAAAUAAAAAUGAAAAUGAAGCAACAACUUCGUUCCUCAUGCAGCUGUCUACAUGGGACAAGGAGGAGUUGGACGCUCAGCUGGCUAAUCGGGUACAAGUGAGCAAGCGAGCGGUUGCGAAGGUGUUACAAGCCUUCGACCGCCUGCAGCAGAGGAAUGAUAAGAUCUGGAGAGCUAUCAAGGGCGAGAGUGAGGAAUCAGCUCCAGCCCCAUCAUUAGAUGAUGUGAUACGCGCCACCAAUGAGGAAGUGACAGUUGAGAACCGACGCCUACAAGCGCUAUGCACGACGUUGCAUGAGAGUCACCACGCCAUGACUCUGAGAGUGGCGCAGCUACAGGAUGCUGUCAACAGCAGAGAUACUGAGAAUGCAGAGCUGAAGAACCAGAUUGAUGAUCUACAAUAUGAGCUUAUGAAGGUGCGGUCCCGUAACGAUAAGUUGGAGAAUCACCUGGCGGAGGCCAUAGAGAAGUUGAAGAGCUACCACCAGUCGGGAGCGAGCGCGGUGCCGGCGGCGGCGAGCUCUGCGGGCGCGGGCGCGGCGGCGGGCGCCGUGGCGGCGGCCAAGCUGGAGGACGUGGCGGCCGAGCUGGAGGAGCAGCGCGAGCUCGCCAACAACCGCCUCGCCGAGCUCGACCGCCUGCACAGGCAACAUCGCGACACGCUCAAGGAGGUCGAGAAGCUCAAGAUGGAUAUCCGCCAGCUACCGGAGUCAGUGAUAGUGGAGACGACGGAGUACAAGUGUCUACAGAGCCAGUUCUCAGUGCUGUACAACGAGUCCAUGCAGAUGAAGACUGCACUCGACGAGACUCGCAUGCAACUACAGAACGCUAAAAACUUACACAUGAGACAGAUUGAAAUGAUGGAGAGUGAAGAACUCUCACGGCAGAAGACAUUAAGAGCUGAAAUGAUACAACUAGAAGAUGUAUUAGGUCAGUUAAGGAAAGAAUAUGAGAUGUUACGUAUCGAGUUCGAGCAGAACUUGGCGGCGAACGAGCAGACUGGACCCAUCAACCGGGAGAUGAGACAUCUCAUCACAUCGCUACAGAAUCACAACCAACAACUCAAGGGCGAGGUGCAUCGCUACAAGAGGAAAUACAAGGAUACUAGUCAGGAAUUAAAUAAGGUGCGGAAGGAGUUAGAAGAGGCGGGUGCCCGAGUGUCUAUUGGAGGUGACGCCGCUGACGAGAAACCACAUGCACUCAAGAAGGAGGAGCCUGAUCCAGAGGGCGAGGAGGGCGGCAGUGGCGGCGCCGAGACCAAGCCCGCCGCCAACAAGGAACACAGCCGCGCCAAGCUGCAGGAACAGGACCUACUCAUCAAGGAUCUCAAACUACAACUCAAGAAGGCAGUAAAUGAGCAGAAGGAGUUGAAGUUGCUGCUGGAUAUGUACAAGGGGGUUAGCAAGGAGCAGAGAGAUAAGGUGCAGCUCAUGGCUGCUGAGAGGAAGGCCAGGCAGGAACUAGAGGACCAUCGACAGAAGGCCAAGAUGGCACAGGAAAGUAAGCGAGAACGUCGACUGGCAGACGAGGACGCGCUACGUAAGAUCAAGCAAUUAGAGGAACAGAAAUACGAGCUGCAGAAACAACUGUCCUGUGCCAGACCCAACGCGGACCCAUUGCACGCAUUCACGAGACCCUUUGCUGGAUCACCGUACUUUUCCAAUGCACAGGAGGAGGAAGCUCUGCUCAAUGAGAUGGAGGUGACGGGGCAGGCGUUUGAGGACAUGCAGGAACAGAACUCUCGUCUCAUACAGCAACUCCGGGAGAAAGAUGACGCCAACUUCAAACUGAUGUCAGAGCGGAUCAAAGCCAACUCUCUGCACAAACUGCUCCGGGAAGAGAAGCAGUUGUUACAGGAACAGGUGCUAACUCGCGACCAACAGAUCGAGUCAAUGGGCGCGGUGGCGCGUCGACUGGAGGAGAAGGAACGCUUGCUGCAGGCGACGCUGUCCGCCGUCGAGAAGGAACUACUGCUGCGGCAGCAGGCCAUGGAGAUGCACAAGAGAAAGGCCAUAGAAUCUGCACAGUCUGCUGCCGAUCUCAAACUACAUUUAGAAAAAUACCACGCGCAAAUGAAAGAGGCGCAACAAGUAGUGGCGGAGAAGACGAGUGCUUUGGAAGCUGAAGCAUAUAAAACAAAAAGACUACAUGAAGAGCUGGCGAUCUUACGCCGCAAAGCGGAGCGAAUGAAGAAAAUGGAACAAGCGGGCAGCAGUAUGGACGAGGUUCUACUGGAGGAGAUCCGGGAAUACAAGGAGACACUCACCUGCCCCUCGUGCAAGGUGAAACGCAAGGACGCGGUACUGACAAAGUGUUUCCACGUGUUCUGCUGGGAUUGCUUGCGCACGCGAUAUGAGACGCGGCAGCGCAAGUGUCCCAAGUGUAACGCGGCCUUCGGGGCCAACGACUACCACCGCCUCUACCUGUCCACGUAGACAGCGUCGCCCAGCCAGUCUCGGCCUCCUCGGUACACGUGCAAUUGUAACUAGCCAAAGGAGAUGCUCGGUCCAGGACCGAGUACUAUCAUACGCUCACCUCUGUGAGUUCAGUAGUUCGAGAUGAACCUCGUGUGGCCAGCAUUUGUUUGCCCAGCAGCGGAUCAGUCACCUUACAAUUAGGUAAAUGUUUAAUGUUCGAGAUCUCUGUAAACUAGUAACGAAUAGAUUUGGAUCUAACACUUGCUACACUUUGCGUUUGUUUAGAACGUUGUGGAUACAGAUUUGAUGUUAGUAAAAUUCGUUUAACAUAAUUAUUAGGUAUAUGGUAGAAGAUCAGUUCUUUAACAUGUUGUCAUAAAUAAAUGGAUAUAUCGCGAAUACAGUAAACGUAUAUUGUUAGUGUACAGUAUAUUUACAUGUGUGAUGUUGAUUGGAUAAAUAAUUUUAUAUAUUUACAUUUUAAAUUGCAUUAUGUUUAGGUAGAUUGUGAGAUCUACUAAAUCAAAAUAUAUAGAGGCAUCUUUGCCUUAUAGCGGUCCAUGUCCCAGUGAGAUAUAAGUAUUUAUAGAUGAUCUCAGGACUUCCUGCAGUGAGUGUUAGUGCAGCAAAGUAUGGCAAGUAUUAGACGGGAGCAGUAUUGAACAAAAUGAAUGUUCACAUUGAACAUGGGUUGUGAUGUACUAAGUACGAGAGUAAGUUGCUUGUACACGCGACGGUCGCCCACGUCCGCCACAGUAUGUAUUAAAGUCAUUUAGUAUGUCACAAUUAUUAGCCGGAUCUAUAAAUUCAAUGACAUGUGCAAUGUGCAUACAACUAAUUAUAACAAAGAUAUAUUUACUUUCAGAAUUGUUAUUCUUUAUGUAAAAGUGACGCGCGACCGUUGUGUGUGUGACUUCUAUGUAACGGCCUGUUAUUGUGGAUUUAUGUAUUCUCUCGGCAGGACGAGGCGGUUGAUGAAACGUAAGGAAGUGUCAAGGCAGAUUGUGUAUUAGGUCAUUGAAGCUCAUUGUUCGUACAAUACACACAGUAAUUAAUUAAAUAAUAAAUGUGACUACAUAAACUGUCUGAUUAGUAGCAAGUUUUACUGUAUUUAUUGUAUUUUUAUGUCUCCUUAUUUGUCCUGGUUGAUGUGGUAUUAUUUAGAAUUAGUUGCUUUUCUGAUUUCCCAAUUUAAGUGCGUGAUAGUGAGUUUAAAUGUCCUAAUGACUGGCUAUAACGAACUUGCAUGCGCAAAAGUAUACGUAACAAAUAAAAUAAUAGUUGCGCAUUAUUGCGCAUGAGAUGUUUCAUGUUUCAUUGGGCCACUAUCUGUAACAACCGUCGUCCGUUCUAGCUUCCAAUGUCUAGUUUGUGAAAAUUUAGAUUUUAUUGAGAUUGAAGAAUUAAUAUGCUCAAUGAUGAUAUCCACACAUCAUUGAGCAACACAAGACGUGAGAGGCGAGGACAAUUUGUACUGAGAUUUAUGUAUUGGUUCCCGUCGGUGGUCGAGCUAAUUUAAAGUCGAUAUAGAUAAAUAAUAACAAUAAACUCACCAUCUGCGGAAACCAUAACUCUAUAGUCAAUACUUACCUAUAAAAGGCGAACGUUUCGUCUACGACAUGUAAUUUAUAACAAACACAUAAAUAUUAAAUGACGAAGCUUUUGAAAUAUUUAUAAUAUGACAACUUCAAAUGCACGUCAAUUAAAUGUUAAAUGUUCAUUCCUUGUCUAUAAUGUUAUUUUUGUAUUAAAAAAAUAGCUUUCCAUGUUGAAUAUGAAUUGCGUAAAUGUAACAUAAGAAUAAAAAAUUGCAUUUCGCGCUCUUAUGUAUAUUGAAUACAUAAUUUUAUUGAUGUUGUAUAUUAAGGAUAAUAUCAUGAAUUCGAACAAGUGGAUAUAAUUUAUAUAUCUGUAUUUAGUAAUUAAUAAAUAUACUUAUUGUUAAACAAAUUCUUGAGGUUAGUGUGAAUGUGAUUGGUGAUAGCGCGCGAUGACUUAUUUGUACUGUAGUUAGGAAAAUAGAAUGUAGCUUACAGCCCACUGACUGAUAUAUUUGUAUAUUUUAAGUUUAACAUUUUGAUCGGGCUUGCUCUCCUGCUUCACGUAGCCGUCAAAAGCCAAAUAAUGUCAGCUUGAACCUGGUUUUUUUAAAUGAACUAAGCAUACAAAAUUUUAUUAGGGUACUACAUACUAGGUUUUUUGUUUAGAAAAAGUAACAUUUUCAUUAAGUUAACUAGAAAAUAUAUAAUCUAAUUAAAAUAUCUUUUACAUAUUCUGAGUGGAGUUAGAUGGAUAACGUAAUGGGUUGAUUGUAAUAAAAUAUUAAUAAACUGUUGUAAACUUUAAUCGCAGGGGAACAAUUUAUUUGACAGUAUUUAAUGAAUUAAUCAAUAGAGAAUCGCUUUUUCUAUCUGUUAGUGUUUAUGUUAAGUUUCCACAAGUAUGCAAUAUGUUUGAUAGUCUCAGAUUGCACGCGAUCUUUUCUAGUUCCGUUCCUACUUGUAGUUAGCGACAUAUCUGUUAUUACAUAAUAUUAGUAUUGGCUGUAAUGUUGUAUUGUCUUUCAUUAUUAGCUCGUUCUGGACAAUAUGUGGGCAUUGUAGCAAAGAAACUAUUGUUAAAUGUGUAUAUCUGACUGACCAACCGUUCGCGUAUUAGUUGAAUUAUUCCUUCGAAUGUUACAUUAUUUUGUUACUUAUAACGUCACAGCUGAGGUCAAGGUGUGUAUAUUUGGAAAUCACGUGUUAAUAUCAAUUUUAUAUUAUACAUAAACAACGUUAAUAUACGGUCGUACUGUAAUCUUCAAAAAUCAGAUACGAAAUUAUUUUGUCAUAAUUCACUGUAAUGUUUGCUGUAAAAUAUUUAAUUUCGGUGGAAACUAUUUAAAUUGUAACAUUAAUGGACUACGAAUAAAUGUCUCAACAAAUAAAUUGUUUUUCUUUUUA